AUGGAGAACAUCAUACAUAUUGCAGAUUCUCGGGAUAGAGGAAUCAUGGACUAUGCUAUUCCUGUUUUUAGUCAAUUAAAUUCAGGAACACUAAGGCCACAAAUUAAGGCAACUCACUUUGAGCUCACACCUGUCAUGUUUCAGAUGUUGCAGACUAAUGGCCAGUUCAGUGGUUUGCCAUCUGAAGACCCUCAUUUACACUUAAAAUCUUUAAUAGAAAUAACUUAUUGUUUUCUUAUCCCUGGAGUGUCUGAUGAUGCCUUAAGGUUGAAGUUAUUUCCAUUUUCUCUUAGGGAUAGAGCAAAGUUAUGGUUUAACUCUUUACAACCAAAUUCCAUAAUCUCUUGGGAUGACCUUGUAAAGAAAUUUUUUAGAAAAUAUUUUCCUCCCAACAGGAACGCUGAAUCCAGAAAUGAAAUAUGUUUGUUUAGACAAAUGGAUAAUGAAGCAAUACCUGAUGCUUGGGAAAGGUACAAAGAGUUGUUGAGAAAAUGCCCUUACCAUGGCAUUCCUUACUGUAUCCAGCUAGAGACGUUUUACAAUGGUUUAACAACUGUUGCUAAACAAAUGCUUGAUGCCACUGCAGGAGGAGCUUUCACAACUUGUACUUAUAAUGAUGGGUAUGACAUGCUUGAGAAAAUUUCAAAUAAUAAUGGAUAUUGGGCURAUCCACAUGCAUUAAUACAWAAUAAUACAKUUGGGAUACAUGAAACAGACGCAUAUAAUGUAUUAACAACACAACUCACAUCUAUAACUGACAUGAUUAAGAAUAUGAAUGUUAGCCCAGAUGUGCGAAUUGUUGAUGCAACAUCAUAUCCUACUGUCAAUUCUAUAGCAUGUAUGUUAUGUGGAGGAGGUCAUCCAUUUGAUCAAUAUGCAUCUAACCCAGAGUCAGUUAAUUUUUUUGAAAAUCAAAACAGGGGUUGUUCUGAUUUACAAGCUUAUAAUGCAGGGUGGCAACAACAGCCAAAUUUUUUCUGGAAUGCUCGAACCUUGAAUGAACCUGUUGGUUUUCAACAACAUCAAAGUGAUUCCUACAAUCACCAACCCAACUUUUACYRGCAACMCCCUACCCAGCCGAUUUUCAACCAGCAAACAAGUUUUCAACAACAAAGUCAUCUACCCUCUUUCCAAGAUACAGCACAUCAGUUUGUUGAUUCAUCUACUUCCUUGGAAGCAAUGAUGAAAGGGUUCAUAACCCAAACUCAGGCUUCAAUCAGAAACCUUGAAAAACAGGUUGGACAAGUAGCUUUGGAAAUGAGACAAAGACCGAUAGGCUUUUUACCUAGUGAUAYRRAKACACCUCAGAGAGAAGGAAAAGAGCAGGUCAAGGUUGUGACAUUGAGGAGUAAUAAGACUUUAAUAGAAAAUCCCCAAAAAGAACAAAAAGAACCAAGCAAAGCAGAGACUGAAAAGAAAAGUGUAGUACCAGAUUCUGUUACGUCUGUACCACAUUUUGUGAUUACCAUUCCUGUGAACCAUUCAGAGAGUAUUAGUGAGCCUCAACCCAUAGUUAGGCCUAUCGAUGGUAUAGCCAUUCAAGAAAGGUCAGAAUUUCCAUUGUUAUUUCCUGAUAAGCCCAAGACAAUCCAGACUCCCAAAGAAAGUGUUGUAGUGGAUGUUUCAUAA